CGCGGCAGAUAAGCCGGCCGGCGUGACGUCACGCGGCAGGUGUAUAAGAGCGGCUGCCGCCACGUGCGCUGCCCCGCCUCACGUCGCUCUGCUCCGCUCCGCCUGCAGGCCCACCAGCCGCUGCACAGCUGAGGCCCACCACCACCUCCACCACCACCACCACCACCACCGCCGCCACCACCACCACUGCCAGUACAACCCGCCAGACUCCUGCUGCUGCUGCUGCACCGCCCACGACUCCUGCACCUGAUGACGCCACUGUCUCUCACUUGCGCAAUGACUAGAAAUGGUGCGGAGAGCCAGCGAGCAGCAAUGAAUCGAAUCGACGCAUGGGCAGCGGCCGUGUGUUGGCAACAGAUACUGCUGCGGCGCGUCCGUCUCACAGCCGCUGGUUCCCUCGACUCCGGUGCGGGCAUAAUUUUCUGAGAGCUUGUCCGCAAUAACAAAAUUAGGACGACAGUCUUCGUAUUACAUUCGCAUGUUCUGCGCGGGGUCCCUGGAAACGCUGCCCCCGUAGCAGACUGCAGUUGGUACCUGCCGGCCUCGCAGCCGUUGGCAGCACUGACUGCGUGCCACAGCCCAGGCGUCUGUCGCAUUUGUAGCGAGACGUGUCCAGUGUGACGUUCUGUGUUGGGAUUUAGUGCUGCUGUUUCUGCGCCGAGAAUUUCUUCUGCUACACCCACACCCUUAAUAAGGACCACCCACCAUGUCGGCAGUUACGGAGGUUCAGAACACCACAACCGAGGCCCUGGCCGCCCUGCUAGACGGGGGUGAAGGUGCCCUGGUGAUGCUUGUGGCGGGCGAGACGAGGGUGGCGGCUCACAGGGCCGUGUUGGCAGCCGCGAGCCCCGUGUUCGAAGCGAUGUUCGCGCACGACAUGCCGGAGGCCAGCUGCGGCCAUGUGAGCAUCGACGACGUGGAGGGCCCGGUGCUGAGGCUCCUGGUGGCCUACACGUAUACCCUGCAGGCCCCCCAGCUGCCCGACACGGCCCCCCAGCUGCUCUCGGCGGCCGACAAAUACGGCUUGUCGGGCCUGAAGGCUGCCUGCGAGCGGCAGCUGAUCUCGCAGUUGGCCGUCGAGACCGCAGCGGCGACGGCCGUCAGGGCAGUGAGGCACUCGUGCCCGGACGCCACCAGGGCUGCUGUCGCCUUUAUAAAGGACCACCUGCAGGUGAUGGCCACGCGGGGCUGGGUGGACGCUGUGCUCGAGUACCCGCAAGAAGUCAUUGAAGUCUGCAGUAUGCUCAGUGAGCCACCAGCAGAAGCCAGCUCGCCGACCGCCACAGGGGGCGGGUCCAUCCCCAACUCUGACCAUCAACCCCACAGCGGCCACAGCCGAACUCCUGCUGCAGCUGCGCCUCCCACGUCUGCCCGACACACCCCUCCACCUGAUGACGCAGCCGUCUCGCGCUUCCGGAGCCUCUCUGCAGAGGAGAGGGGCAGGAGGCUGGUCCAGGCGGCUAAGCAGCAGGCAGUGGGGGAGCUGAGGGCGCUGAUCGCCGCAGGGGCCGACGUUGGGGCGAGGGGCGGGGAUGGGCGGACCGCCCUGCACUGGGCAGCGUGGGCUAGGGGUGGGUGGACGCCGCUGCGUCUUGCGGCAAUCAAUGGCCGCCGAGCAGUGGCGGCUGCGCUGCUCGACGCGGGGGCCGACAGGGGCGCAACAACUGGUGGUGGUCGGGGGACAACGCUGGACGACUGGCAGUGGAACAACAUGCGGCUGGUGGAGUUGCUGUGA